AUGGUGGCCAAACUGAAGAAGCGCAGAGCAGCUUCAAAGAAGCAGGGCAAGAUAGCCGAUGCUGCGCCUGAGAGCACGGGCCCAUCGGGGGAAGAGGCGCACUCAGCUCCUGUUCGAACCAAGAGGAAGCGGUGCAUUCAAGGAGGAAAGCAGGACAUCCAAGCUGAAUCCGAGACGAAAGAUGAGCCUGCAAAAGAGGAGCCUCAGAAAUUGUUCCAGACAAAUACCUCCUUUGCCAAGCUGGGCCUGGCUAAAUGGAUCGUUGACACUUGUGGGAAGCUGGGCAUGAAUUAUCCCACAGAUAUUCAGGUUAUGGCUAUUCCGCCAGUGCUGUCCGGCAAGAAUAUUGCUGGGAACGCGCGCACGGGCAGUGGCAAGACUGCGUGCUACAGCCUCCCAAUUCUCCACCACCUAUCCAAGGAUCCUUACGGCAUUUUUGCCCUGAUUCUGGUUCCGGUGAGAGAGCUUGCUUUCCAGGUUGCUGACAACUUUCGCGCAAUGGGCCAGGCAAUUCGCGUUAGUGUUGGGGAGAUUGUGGGGGGUCGAGACUUUUCCAUUCAGAGCAGGCUUAUUGCAGACCGGACUCAUGUUUUGGUGGCCACACCUGGCAGACUCGCCGAUUUGCUGCGGGGCGAUUUUGCCUUGGCCAGAGCUUUCCGGAAGUUACGCACAUUUGUGCUGGAUGAAGCAGACCAGCUUCUGACAGACACCUUCGAAGAGCCUUUGAGUCGGAUCUUGGAAGUGCUUCCAGAGUCACGGCAGACCUUGUUUUUCUCGGCCACGAUUACGCAGUGCAUUGAGAAGUUGAGAAAGGGGAAGGAUUUGAUGCUCGUGGAUGCAAACCCUAACGAGGAGUCUCUGCAGAACCUGACACAGCUGUACGUUUUCGUGCCCAAAUCCGUGCAGGUCAACUAUCUGCAUUAUCUCUUGAAGACACAUUUCCCGGAUGAGAGCUGCAUCAUCUUUGCGCAAACCAUCGAAGAAUGCCAAAUGCUCACCACAAUGCUGGACAUUUUGGGUUUUGCUGUGACAGGCCUACACUCGCUGCAGUCGCAGAGGCAGCGGCUGGCAAGCCUCGGCAAGUUCCGAGCAAGCCGCGCCAGCAUUCUGCUGGCAACAGAUGUGGCGAGCAGAGGGCUGGACAUCCCCAUGGUUGGAGUGAUCAUCAAUGUUGGCCUGCCCUUCGAUGUAGCUUCCUAUGUCCACCGCGCAGGCCGCACAGCUCGUGCCGGGCGACCCGGAAAAGUGGUUUCCUUGAUGUCAGAGCUAGAUGUGCCGCGUGUGAAGGCAGUUGAGGAAAGGAUUGGAAAGCAGCUGCAGCUGCUGCCCACGAAGGAGGAGGAGGCAAUCAAGCUGCUCUCCCGAACGACGAAAGCGUACCAGCGCGCAGAGCUGCUGUUGUCAGAGGUUGGCUUCACGGACCAGAUUGCUGAGUACCGCCAGGCCAAGGCCAAGAAGAGGGCCAAGAAGCCCUCGAAGCCCAGCAAAAGGAAGUCAGCAGCCUCCUGA